AGUCGUCACCUCCACGUAUGUAUCUUCAAGAUUUAGCAGAUGCCGUUUACAUUUUCGGCGGAUGAUGCUAUCUCGUGUCUAUCCUCGGUUUUACGGGAAAUUCUUGGACGGAUUGCGGGACGUCUUUUUGACGUGCAACUGGUCGGAGGCGGAUCUGCAGAAAGGGAACGUAUUGCCUCUUUUUUUAAUUCAUUCUCUUCCCACGGGAGGUUAAGUGCACAAUCGCAUUUUGGCACAAACUUGUUUAGAUUUUCAACUUUCGUGACGUAACAAUUAAAUGCUGAAAAAGUCACGUGGCCCAAGUCACGUGACCCGACAGUUGUCGCACGAGGGCGCAUUUUAAAAAAUAUUUCGAAAAAUGGCCAGUGUGAUGGAUGAAUUCGAAGUUAGCCAUUUUGUUGCCUCGUAACCAUAGUAACCGGAGCCGCUCAUCGGCUCGUAUUGUUACUGCCAUUGCACCUUAUAUGCACGUUUGCAUCAUCAGCCGCAUCAAUGAAAUAUUUGAAUUUUGUAGUUUCAUUGUUUGAAUAGAAUAUUAGGAAGAUGCUCAAGUUUCUCGUUUUUUACUUCUUUAUUAUUAUGAUAGACGAUGUGCUAUGCAUUCAUGAAGAUUUUGAUAUUAGCGGUUAUAUUGCAUAUUGUCCAUGCAUGGGCCGUUUUGGAAAUCAAGCAGAUCAUUUCUUAGGUGCCUUGGGCUUUGCGAAAGCACUAAAUCGUACAUUGGUGUUACCUCCAUGGGUUGAGUAUAGAACAGGAGAAAUCAAAUCUAUACAAGUUCCUUUUGAUACAUACUUUAAUGUUUCUGAGAUCCAAAAGUGUCAUCGAGCAAUCUUAAUGGCUGAUUUUAUGAGAGAUAUUACUCCAAUUCAUUGGCCGCCAUCAGAGAGAAUAUCAUUUUGUUAUGCGGCUCGUGGUCAAACUGAAUCCUGUAAUGCUAAGGAUGGUAAUCCAUUUGGUCCAUUUUGGGAUACAUUCAAUGUAGAUUUUGUUGACUCUGAAUUUUAUGGACCAUUGCACUAUGAUGUUCAUCAUACUGACAUGGCAUUUCAAUGGAGGCAAAAAUAUACUUCUGCAAAAUGGCCUGUAUUAGCAUUUACUGGUGCUCCUGCAAGUUUUCCAGUUCAGUUAGAGAAUAAGAAACUACAAAAGUGCCUAGUUUGGAAUGAUGAUAUGAACGCCAGAGCAAAGGCAUUUAUCAAGACUACUCUUCCACGUGGAGCAUUUGUUGGACUUCAUUUAAGGAAUGGUGUCGAUUGGGUAAGAGCAUGUGAAUUUAUUUCAACUUCACCAAAUUUAUUUGCCGCCCCACAGUGUCUAGGAUAUAGAAAUGAAAGAGGCAAAGCCACAAAAACAAUGUGUCUGCCUUCUUUCGAAGUGAUAGUUCGCCAUUUAAAACGAGUAAUACGUAAUGGAAAAGAUAUAAAAUCUGUAUUUGUUGCAUCUGAUAACAAUUACAUGAUACCAGAGUUAACCAAAGCACUAGAGAGGAUGGAUAUCAAAGUAUUUAAACAAGAAGAAAACUCUCCCCAUUUAGAUUUAGCUAUACUUGGUAGAGCUAAUUAUUUUAUUGGGAAUUGUAUUUCCUCAUUUUCUGCUUUUGUUGCAAGGGAAAGAGAAGUUAAAGGUUAUCCUACAUAUUUUUGGGGUUUCCCACCUGAAAGAACUUUGUCUUCCGUGACACAUGAAGAAUUGUAGUAUACUUAUACAUCUUCAUAUAAAAAAUGUGAUAUUAUGUACUUUUUUAUAAUAGCAUUUUGAUAUUUAAGACUUUUUUAAAGAUGAAUUUUAUACUCACAAUGAAUGCUCCUUGAUAUUUAUUCUUAUAAAAAUGAUGAUGCAGUAUGUGUCAUUUAUGAAAUGUGGAUUAUACAAAGAAAAUACAAAUUUUUUUGUAAAAUAUA